CGGGGGAACCGGUGCUGGGCUCUGCAGCUCGGCACUCCAGCUUCUCGGUCAUGGCCUCGGAAAAGUCUCAGGACCUAAUGGUCACCUGCACCGCGCCGGUUAACAUCGCGGUGAUCAAGUACUGGGGAAAGCGGGAUGAAGCACUGAUCUUGCCCAUCAACUCCUCCCUGAGUGUCACACUGCACCAGGACCAGCUAAAAACCACCACAACCGCUGCCAUUAGCAAGGACUUCACAGAGGACCGCAUCUGGCUGAACGGUCGAGAGGAAGACGUGGGGCAGCCACGGCUCCAGGCCUGCCUGAGAGAGAUUCGCCGCCUGGCUCGGAAGCGGAGAAGCACAGGGGACGGGGAUGCUUUCCCCCUCAGCCUGGGCUAUAAGGUGCAUGUGGCAUCAGUGAACAACUUCCCCACCGCUGCAGGCCUGGCAUCCUCAGCAGCGGGUUAUGCCUGCCUAGCCUAUACCUUGGCCCGGGUCUACGGGGUUGAGGGAGACCUCUCUGAAGUGGCUCGGCGGGGCUCGGGCAGCGCAUGCCGCAGUCUCUAUGGGGGCUUCGUGGAGUGGCAGAUGGGGGAGCAGGCCGAUGGGAAGGAUAGCAUUGCCCGGCAGGUAGCCCCAGAGUGGCACUGGCCCCAGCUCCGAGUCCUCAUCCUUGUGGUGAGUGCCGAGAAGAAGCAGACAGGUAGUACAGUGGGCAUGCAGACCAGCGUGGAGACCAGUACCCUGCUCAAGUUCCGGGCUGAGUCCAUUGUGCCUGAGCGCAUGAAGGAGAUGACCCGUUGCAUCCUAGAGCAGGACUUCCAGGGCUUCGCCCAGCUGACCAUGAAGGACAGCAACCAGUUUCAUGCCACCUGCCUGGACACCUUCCCGCCCAUCUCCUACCUCAAUGAUACCUCCAGGCGUAUCAUCCAGAUGGUCCACCGCUUCAACUCUCACCACGGGCAGACAAAGGUGGCGUACACAUUUGAUGCGGGCCCCAAUGCCGUGAUCUUCACUUUGGAGGACACCGUGGCUGAGUUUGUGGCAGCUGUAAGGCACAGCUUUCCUCCCGCAGCCAAUGGAGACAAGUUUCUGAAGGGGCUGCGGGUGGCGCCUGUUCUUCUCUCUGAUGAGCUGAAGGCUGCACUGGCUGUUGAGCCCAGCCCCGGUGGGGUCCAGUACAUCAUUGCCACUCAGGUCGGACCAGGACCUCAAGUCCUAGACGGCUCUCACGAUCAUCUGCUCGGCCCGGACGGCCUGCCACAACGGGACCUUUGACCUCUUCCAUGUACAGUCCCUCCUACCAUUUGGAGAAAGGGGUUGCUCACUGGAACUCGGGAGCUGGUGUGCCGAUCGGCUGCGCCUUAAGGGUUGCUUGAUGAUAAUCCCGGGGGAGUCCAGUGUGGUGAGCAGCUGUCUAGGCAGCCAGGGGGAACCCCUUUCAAGUGCCUCAUGUUCCCUGCUGGUUUCGGAAGGGCUAGCUGACCCCACUCUGUGGACCUUCCUGCGCUCCAGACAGGAGCCCAUUAGGGAAGGGGAGUCGCUGUCUCUCCCACUGAAGAUGCUCUGAGGGCCUCACUAACCACCUAAGCGUGGUGCUUCUCUCUUGAGACUCAGGCCACAGUUUCUUUAUAAAGCCUCCAGGUGAGGGUAGGGGCGGUGGGGCCCACAGGUAGGGUCCAUUGGUGUGGAUGCAUCAUGAGGGUGCGGUCAGUGGACCUGUUGACCACUGGAAUAAAGUGUGCUGCUGCCA